CCGGCGCCGUGGCGAUGACGGUGCAGCGCGACGAGCGCGACGCGCGCGCUCCACGAACUCGCUUCAUGAUAACAGACAUACUCGACGCUGCGCCUAGGGACCUAAGCGCACACAGAGAUUCCGAUUCGGACAGAUCGGCUACAGACUCACCAGGUGUGAAAGAUGAUUCGGACGACGUAUCAAGUAAAUCCUGCGGCGGGGACGCAUCAGGUCUUGCGAAGAAACAAAGGAAAGCGCGCACUGCGUUCACAGACCACCAACUCCAGACCUUGGAGAAAUCAUUUGAAAGACAGAAGUACCUCAGCGUGCAAGACAGGAUGGAGCUAGCAGCAAAACUUGGCCUCACCGACACGCAAGUUAAGACGUGGUAUCAGAACAGACGGACGAAAUGGAAACGUCAGACGGCAGUUGGUUUAGAGCUACUAGCCGAGGCCGGUAAUUAUGCAGCGUUCCAGAGACUAUACGGUGGAUACUGGGCGGGAGUACCGGCUUACCCCGCACAGCCUACACCUACUGCCGACCUGUAUUACCGACAAGCUGCUGCUACUGCUGCUGCUGCUGCGUCAGCCUCUGCUAACACGUUGCAGAAACCCUUGCCUUAUCGGUUGUAUCCAGGCGCGCCUUUAGGAGGCGUUCCACCUCUAGGCUUGGGGUUACCGGGUCCUUCGGCUCACCUCGGCUCCCUUGGGGCUCCGGGGCUGGGAGCUCUAGGUUAUUAUGCACAAGCAAGACGUACGCCCUCCCCUGACGUCGACCCGGGGAGUCCAGCCCCUCCUCCCCGCUCUCCUCGAGAGCCUUCUAUAGAACAGCGUUCUGACGACGAAGAUGACGAUGAAACCAUACACGUGUAAAGUCAGUGAUAAAAGACAACAAAGACGUAAUUUUGCAAGUUUGGUUCGUGUAAAAAUCUCAGUUGUGGUCGCAAGAAAUGACUUACAAGUGACUAUCGCAACUGGCAAGACGUACAAGUGCGUAACUAAAAGUUAUCCUGUGAAGUGAAAGUCACGAUUGAGUUUCGUUACCUUUUGUUGAAAUUCAGAAGAGACAGUGCAUAUUUAUUAGUUGCGUUUAAAACAUUUCUCGAAGGGACGGUUCGUUGUGAUGUUGAGAAUUGUUUCGAAGUGGACAAUGCUUGUCCGUAAUAAUUAUGUGAUAUUAUAAGCUCGGAUAAAUAUUAUUAAUAGUAGUGACAAGUUAUGUAUAAUAUAAAUACAUUUGAUGUCGUAUAACUCUUGCUAUAAAUAUUAAUAAUAAUGCUUUCGGAGUUCAAAAUUAGCAGCAAGCUGGUCUUGAUCGUAGAAUCUUAUUGUUUACAAAGAUGGGAUACUUAAUUUGUAUAAAACUAUUGAUUUUGCAAAAAAAUUAUAAAUCUAAACUCAUUUUAUGAGUCUAUGAAACCUGUAUGUAUUUUGUUUCGUAUAAAUUGCCACUAUUUAAAUUAACAGAUUAUAACAAGUGCAUAAAACAUUUUUAUAAUAAUUUAUCUAUGUAUACUAAACAGUAUUAACUUCAUAAAAACAAAUAAAUAAUAUAUCAACAUUAAUUUCAAACAAUUGAUACAACGUGCAAAUAAAUUGUGUAUAAAUAUAAAUGUAUAAUUAUUAUUAUAAUGU